AAGGUGCGGGACGCCGAGUGGAGAGGGAGGAUGUGACGUCAGAGCGUGGCGGACGGCGUUGCCGUGGAGACGCGAGUAAUGGCGGAGCCGGAAGAGAGCGACUGGGAUGCGUGGAUGGUGGAGACGCUGCGGCGGUACAAUGACCUUCACGUGUUUGAACUGCAGGAACCAACACGGGUUCUGGAGUGGAUUCAGGACAGAAGUAUCUGUGUCGCUGGCUACAGUGCUGUGAGGAACAAUGAAAUUCAGGAGCUCUCUCUCCCUCAGAAACUCUCGGCUAAAGACAAGCAGGGACUUUGCCCCGAAAGAGAUUUCCACGUGGAGCGUGGCGGAUUCUCCCAGAGGCCUGUUUACCAGUUGAAGCAUGUUGCAAGGACUAGCCUGCUGGUGAGCAGUGGCCCCCCGGACCCCUCGCUGCAGGUCUGGCAACUGGCAACCGAUGACAGUGAUGCCAUCUCGUUGCUGACCACACUUCCAUGCUCCAGUGUGGUUGGCGGGUGGUCACGGAUUUCUGUCACAUCCUCUCCAACCCCCCGGGUGCUUUGGAGUUCGACGACCAGUGACCUCACCAUCCAGGAAAUUGAGACGCAGUCGGUGCUGUUCUCCGGAGCUGGAGCAGAAGACCAUGAACCAAUCAGUAUGCUGGAGUUCCUUGACCAUUCUACCUUCAUCAUCUGCUCGAUGAACGGCCGCCUGCGAAUGGCUGACAUGCGGCAGUCCCCAAGUCUGAUUGGACACUCAGGCCUGCCUUCUGGCAGCAGCUGUUGGACAAUGGCACUGGCACCUGGUUUCUCAGCAGUGGGGAGACUGUCCUUGGAUGGAGAAGUGGUGCUGACUGAUUGUCGAGACCUGAGCAAGGUUCUGGGGCGAGCAGAGCUGGAUAUACCCAGGCCAGUGAUCUGCAGUGACCACCUGUCCCUGAGCUGGGCACCGCGACUACCUCAGCACUUGGCAGUAUCAGGUUUCGAUGGAACAGUUCACGUCUAUGACGCUGGCUCAUGGUCUGCAAGUCCUCGCCAGGUGCAGCCCGUCUUCAUCCACCGAGGCCACAGUGUGGGUGCGGAGCUGGACCACGUGCCGCCAUUGGUCACCAUGCAUGUUUGGCACCCCUGGAAGGAGCGAGUUUUGCUUUCGGCUGCUGAUGACAGCUCUUUGCACGUGUGGGACUGGGUGGCUCAGGAUGGGACCUGAUCUCUGAGCUGUCUUCUGCUCCUUCCUGGACCUCACUGCUUUGGGCUGCAGUCAGUGGAAGGGUUGUCGUUGGUGGUGACAGUCCAGGUUUCAUCAGCUGCCAGUUGUCACAGUGUGGCCCUACUCCCUUUGGAGGCCAGAGUACCUUAAUUUUUAUGAGGGAUGAGAAAUUCACAGGGUUCCUUUUGCUCAGAAUGUGUAUUGUGUGUGGGUGCACAUUUGUGGGAAGGGCGUGCACAGGAGUCCAUUUGCCUGUGUGCCACGUGUUAUGCAUGUAUGUACAGCUAAGUCAGGAACAAUGCAAAAUGCUGGAGAAAGUCAGCAGAUCGGACAGCAUCUCUGGAGAGAAAUAAACAGACAAUGUGGGCUGAGUCCCUCCUUCACCUGAAAUCUUAAGCAUUUAUUGCCCUCUAUAGAUGUUGCCCGACCUGCUGAGUUUCUCCAGCAUUUUAUGUAUGUUGUCAUAGUUGAAAGUAAGAAGUAUAUACGUAUAUCUUGCAGGGAUUCACAGUAAAUACAAAGAAACACAAAAUCAAUGAAAACCACAAAGACUGACAAUCAAUAUGCAAAAACAGACAAACUGUAAAUAAACAUUAAUAAUAAAUAAAUUAGUAAAUAAUACUAAGAGUAUUAGUGUAUAGUCCUUGAAUGUUAGCCCAUAGGUUGUGGAAUAAGUUCAUUGUUGAAGUGAGUGACAUCAUCUAGCAUUUUGAUGUAGUUAUAAAGAAGGCAAGACAGUGGCUAUACUUUAUUAGGAGUUUGAAGUGAUUUGGCAUGUUAACAAAUACACUCAAAAACUUCUAUAGUUGCAUUGUGGAGAGCAUUCUGACAGGCUGCAUCACUGGUGUGGAGGGGCUACUGCACAAGACCGUAAAAAGCUGCAGAAGGUUGUAAAUCUAGUCAGCUCCAUCUUGGGUACUAGCCUACAAAGUAUCCAGGACACCUUUAGGGUGCAGUGUCUCAGAAAGGCAGCGUCCAUUAUUAAGGACCCCCAGCACCCAGGGCAUGCCCUUUUCUCACUGUAACCAUCAGGCAGGAGGUACAGAAGCCUGAAGGCACAAACUCAGCGAUUCAGGAACAGGUUCUUCCCCUCUGCCAUCCGAUUCCGAAAUGGACUUUGAAGCUUUGAACACUACCUCACUUUUUAAUAUACAACAUUUCUGUUUUUUCCACACUUUUAAUAAUCUAUUCAUUACACAUAAUUGAUUUACUUAUUAUGUUUUAAUGUAUUUAUUAGUAUUAUCUAUGCUAGAUUAUGUAUUGCAUUGAACUGUUGCUACUACGUUUUAACAAAUUUCACAUGCUGGUGAUAAUAAACCUGAUUCUGGUUCAAAAUA